CCCUGGUGAGAGGGAAAGCGCCUGGCGGGGGCUCCGGAGGCGUUCGGGGAGUAUGUGUGUGGAGAGAUCGGCGUCAGAGCCCCGUUUGUGCGUUUCAGCUGGUCCUGCAUGGCAGCGCGCUGAGGGCCCACCCAUGGACUUGGCGGCUAAAGAUGAAGAGGAGGAGAGUCUGCAGACAGCCUUCAAAAAGCUGAGGGUGGACGCGGCAGGAUGUAUUGCAGCUCUGUCUGUGGGUGAUGGGACGAUUCUCAGAACACCAAGAGCAUCCAUGGAUGGAGCCAAGCAACAGCCCGGCUGUCCGAAGGAAGCGUGGCAUGGGUGUGUGAGAAAGCCUUCCAGGGGAUCCACAAGAGUCCCACGGCGCAGACGCUCCAAGUCUCCUGUCCUGCAUCCUCCCAAGUUUACCUAUUGCAAUAUGAAAGCCAACAACCAGCUGAAACACAAAACCCAGGCGGAAACAUCAAAGGGCAAUAUCAGUUCAGACGUUUUUGUUACAGCAGAACACGGUACGAAGGACAGGCACGAUUCUCACUUUGAGGCCAGUGAUGACAGAACUGAACCUUUGGAAGCUUUCGCCGCCGAAGAGCCUUUGGAGAAGCCAAGAGAGAAUUACCCUGCUGUCUCCUCGUCCUUUGAAACUAGCUUGCAUUCUAGCCAAACCUCAGAUUUCCAGUCUUUAUCCAUGCUUGGCAACGGCAAGCAGUGCCCUUGUACGGACAAGACAUGCCGGUGCAAGCAGUGGAGAGCCAUGGAAGUGUACUCUUUCUCGGGCCUGCGCAGCGUCCUGUCAGAGUGUGAAAAGGCAGUGCUGGGUGUCCACACCCAGUCUCUCCAGAAUAGAUCCCCCUGCGGAACAGCCUCCUCAGGUUCUCCCAGAUCCUGUUCUGAGCAAGCUCGAGCCUUUGUGGACGACGUGACUAUUGAAGAUCUUUCGGGAUACAUGGAAUACUACUUGUAUAUUCCCAAGAAAAUGUCUCACAUGGCAGAAAUGAUGUACACCUGACUGAAAGCAAUGGAGAAUCCCGAGUCAGGGUUUGUGAUAAUGGUUGGGUUAAAUGCCUUGUCAGUGCCAUGUUUUCACUGUUGUGUGUUUGAUCAAAUGUUUCCUUGCCUCAUACAGUUUAGUUUUCUAAUAAAAUAAAAAAUGGAAUAUAGUUUUCCAAGCUUAGUUCUAAAAAGAGUGCACUAAAGUCUCUGAAUACCUUAACAAAAGCACUGUAGAUCAAACGAACUCCCUUUGUUUUUCAGUUUGUGCUGUGGAUAUUCAAGCUCUGUGUGCUGUUUUCACUCUGUUUUGGAGAAAGAAAAAAAAAAAAAAAGCCUUUUAGGUUUUGUUCUGAAAUUUUGCAGUGUUUGGAAGGUUCAUUCUUAAUGCGUCCCAGUACUUAGAGAAAUGUUUCAUAGUUACAGCUCUAUCCUCCUCAUCCUGCUCUGGAGAGAAGAACGAGGUAUUCAGUGAGGGUAGGAUGGAUCCCCUUUCCUUGAACACUAUCUGGCUCCUUUUUAGUCGGAUCUAAUUUUGAAUGCUUCCUCCUCGUGGAUUUGUUGGGAGGUACCAAACGUGCGGGUGUGUGCUUGGACCCUUUCGUAAUCUAACUAGUUCACUCUUAAGCAGUUCUAUUUUUCUGCAGAUAAGUGAAGCUCUUAGAAGCAAAAAUAUAUUUUGUUAUUUGUGCUUUACAGAUGGAAUAAUUUAGGGGGGGGAGUGAAGCAGGCCAGCAUGUUGUUUUGGGCCAUGCUGUCUCAGAAGCGGAGGUUGUGGAGCCAUCUGUAUGGGUUGUUUGAGACACAAAGCAGCGUGGAAAUAGGGUAAACGAGCAGUGUGUAUCGUACAGGCUUUGUGGUGUAGAGCUAUAACAUGCCUUCUGGUCGAAAAUAUUGAAAUAAAAGAUUUUGUUGCUGA